AUGAAGGCGCCUCGAAAAAUCCAGCGUAGCGGAGUGUGCAGGCAGCAGCGGCAGGCUCAGGCGGCACGAAGUAAUACGUGGCGAUGGUGGAAAGAGGGUACCACGGUGGUCGAGUUCAUCUCAGGAAAGGCCGGCGGCCCUGCGAACCUCGAGUUAGCUGCCCCCCUCCAAUCUGUAAAGGACCUCGCCGAUAUGGAACUUCUCACGGAACAAAUCGACGACGCCGAUCAGGACGAGGGAGAGCACCUGGAUCCGAUCGUCAAAGACAUUGAGAAGAGGCGGGCGGUCUUAAUAGUGUACAAAACAACAAUACCCGUAAUUUAUCUAUCUAAAUUUCAAUAUUCAGUUAAUCUAAAAUGUUUAGGUUUGGCUGGAAUUGGCAGCGGACAGUUCCUUGCCUCCAUCGCUGUACUCUCAGCCGGUGCAAUUGGACUAACAGCAGCUUGUGGCCCUUCUUUUCCUGAUUACCCUCUACCUCGUUUCACGCCUCUCCGCCCAGAACAGAACGCAAUGAGAGAAAAUUAUGGCAAUUACGACCAAACGCGACCUGAGUACCCACAGAAUAUGGGGGAGUAUGAACAGAUGGGAUACGGCCAAUAGACGGUUAAAUGUUUCUGAAAUGUCAAUAAUUAUGUUAUUUUCUUGAAUAUGGGUUCAUAUUAUAUCAAACAUGCAUUAAUAAAGUAGUCUGUGUUGCUUUA